GUAUGUGAAAGGUUAUCCUCCCAACUCUCCGUACAUUGGGAGCUCGCCCACCUUGUGCCAUCUGUUGGCUGAAAAAGCACCAUUUUGCUGCCUACGAUUAGACCAGGGCUGUAUGCACAACAGCUUUGAGGAUGCUAAGGCAUAUGGCUUUAAGAACAAGCUGAUCAUUGUGUCGGCUGAGACUGCAGGAAACGGUCUCUAUAACUUCAUAGUGCCUCUCAGAGCUUAUUACAGAGCUAGAAAGGAGCUGAACCCCAUUGUCUUGCUGCUGGAUAACCCCCCUGAUAAUCACUUCCUGGAAGCCAUUUGCUGUUUCCCAAUGGUGUACUACAUGGCUGGGUCCAUAGACAAUCUGGACAGUCUGCUCCAGUGUGGAAUUAUAUAUGCGGAUAACUUGGUUGUGGUUGAUAAAGAGAGUACAAUGAGUGCAGAGGAGGACUACAUGGCUGAUGCAAAAACUAUUGUCAAUGUACAAACUAUGUUCAGGCUAUUUCCAAGUCUCAGUAUUAUCACUGAGCUUACACAUCCAUCCAACAUGAGGUUCAUGCAGUUCAGAGCAAAGGACUGCUAUUCGCUGGCUCUGUCAAAGCUGGAAAAGAAAGAGCGAGACAAAGGCUCCAACCUGGCCUUCAUGUUUCGCCUGCCCUUCGCUGCAGGCAGAGUGUUCAGCAUCAGCAUGUUGGAUACCCUCCUCUAUCAGUCUUUUGUAAAGGACUACAUGAUUGUUAUUGCUAGACUGCUGCUGGGACUGGACACCACUCCUGGAUCAGGCUUCCUUUGUGCUAUGAAAAUAACAGAAGAGGAUUUAUGGAUUGGUACCUAUGGGAGACUCUUCCAAAAACUUUGCUCCUCUAGUGCUGAAAUUCCCAUUGGCAUCUAUCGCACAGAGUCCCACAUUUUCACCACUUCAGAGUCCCAGGUAUCAAUGAGUGUAGACGACUGUGAAGACACAAAAGAAAGAGGGGACGAGUCUCGCAGCAAUGACCCAUCAGAUUACCCCCUGCUGAGGAAGAAGAGUAUGCAAUGGGCACGGCGUCUCAGUAAGAAAAGCGUGAGGUGGCAGGGAAGCAGCCGAGACUCGAGUAAAGACCACGCGCAGCGCAUAGCUCAGCAGCGUCUUAACCUCUACAGACGCUCUGAGAGGGAAGAGCUGUCUGAGCUGGUCCGUAACCGUAUGAGGCAUCUGGGCCUUCCCACCUCUGGAUACGAUGAUCUGACAAAUCUGACAGCCAGUGAUGUCAUGAACAGAGUCAAUUUGGGAUAUUUACAAGAUGAGCAGAAUGACCACCAGAACACUUUGUCCUAUGUACUCAUCAACCCUUCUCAUGACACCAGACUGGAGAUCAAUGACAUUGUAUAUUUGAUACGUUCUGACCCUCUGGCGCACGUUCCAGAUGAGCCGCCCGUCCACAGCAGUAGCCUAAAAGAGAGACAGGAGUCCAGAGAGGACACCCCACUCUGACAUAAUGCUGACUUUUAACCGAGAUGGCCUCCUUUCAGUUGGAAUAUAAAGAAGACAAUUUGGUCUUUGGUUCCUUUAGUGUUGAAACCCACAAAUGUAUAAUGUGAGUGCCUACUGCCUGUCUGAUCCCAUUGGAUAUCAUGUUUGCAAUUUUACUCAUCUUGCUUCAAAUGCUGUACAUACAAAAGCUUCAUCAAGUCUAAAUACCGUAGACUUAUUAGAUGUGUAUCUACAGUUUACCUAAGACUUACAUUGUUGAAACAUAGGGUACCACAGGAGAGUAAGACAAUGACAGACAUCUGCUUAUACAGUUCUCAGCAAAAAAAAUCGAAAAUAUUUAGGCUUUAAGUUGUCUUUUGACUUUCCAUGGUUGACACAUUUGUCUGUUUAAAAGUCUGCUAAACUCAAACAACCCUAAGUGACUUAAAUAAAAAUGAGCAUUAAAGUUUCAGAUGUUUAUUUUGUAGCUAAAAUUUAAUUUAAUUUAAUUAGUGCCAAUAAGGACUAUGUUAAUGGGUUAUGUAUGUAUAUAAUGAUGCUAGUUAUUUCUAUGUUUGUUUCCUUGGUUUAAAGUGUUAUUUUCCUGAGGACUCUGCAGCUUUAUUAACAGGUUGAGAUUGAUCUUUAGUAUUCUAAAGUACUUUUUGUUGUGCUUUUUUUUCUUUUUUUUUUUUCUUUUGUGGGUUUGGGCAUGCACUCUUUGGUGUCGUGCAUGUUUUAGAGAAUCGAAACUAUUUCCCAUGAAAUAUUUUCUAUAAAUGUAAGUCCUUUAAAUAAGAGGCCUAAAUGUCUGCAGAUCUCGCCAGUACUAUGAAACCUGCUGUGAUUUCAAAAGCUGUUUUGAAUUGUGUUUUCAUUCAUUAAUGGAGAAAAUCAUUUUAAGGUUUACCAACCUUUGCAGCAACAAGUUAUACCUUACCUUUUUCAAUAGCCGGUAUUCUGUCUUUUACACCACUGCAGAGGAAUGUUGACGCCCUCCUCUUAGCAGACAUGUUUUAAUUCAGCCUUAAUGGUUUCAAACUAAUAAACAUUCUCCCUCAGGAUUGUCUGUUAGAUAUUAGAAUACAUGGUUUUAGCUGUUAGGAAAUGUUAUAUUACUUUGGCUUGAAAAGUAACUUGCACCUUUCAAAAAAUUCAACAUUUCUCUUUUAUAGAUAGAUACAGAUAUUUUCUACCCUGUUUUGGGGACAAUCAAGAAUUUUGUGAGACAGGUCCUUUGUGUUUGUUUCAUUCAGCAGUCUUUUUGACCUUAGAACUUUGCCAUCCAUAGAACUUCCAUUCUCUUUCUUACAUUUGCAAACUAAACAACACAGACCUUGAGGCAAUCGAGGCCUGCCGGGCCUGAGCUGUCCUUCUUUUUGCGACCCUUCUGAUGAGUUUCAGCUUUGCAGUAAUUUUGUAGUCCCUGAGAAUCCUCCCCUUUAUUUCAUUUUGUCUCCAGUUGUAGUUUAUGGUUCUCACCAUGGUUCUCCAAAGCCCCAAAACCUUAUAAAUUGCUUUAUAUUUCAAAUUCUAAGUACCGUCUUGAUUCUACAUGUCAGCCAGUAAAUAAGUUUGGUUCUGUUAUUAAAACUAAAGCUAAAUUUUUUUUUAUAAAAAUUUAGUUUACAUACUAUAAUUUACUUGAUCUGAAAUAUUUAGGUGACCAUCUUUAUCUGUGCAUCGCCAAUCAGCUGGCUUGUUAAAGUAGGUUACUUCUCUUUUCCUUACCUUGAAGGAGAGAAAUCCAGCAGUCAGUCUUAUAAGUGGCAUGCAUGUUAAGCAGCAGGCUGCCAAAGCAGUUAGCCUGUCUGACUAAUAAGCUAAAAUUAACUCGUUAAGCAAACUCUUAUUAGAUCAAGAGAAUCUCUAUUAAAGCUUUACCUGAAAAUGGAUAUAUAACCGAUAUGUUUGGUGUACUGUAACCAUAGCCACCUAUAUAUUAUUUUAGCCACAAAAUAAUGACUGCUUCCCUGUUUUAAAUGUAAACAGUUUAAUUGUUAUACAUUUUUUAUUUAUGUAAAUGCAGUAAGAAUCUGUAAAGGGGUCCAUGCCUAUUUCUCCUACUAUAAUGUUAAAGCGCCAUGUUGUGAUUGCUUGACUAAAGUGUGUAUCUCUUUUUCCAUUUCAGUGUUGACUCAAUUUGUACUUAAACAUAGCUUUCUGUGCACAUUAAAGUGCUCGAAAAUAC